UAAGAAAUUGCCAACCAAUUUCUCUCUUCUUUCCUGGUUUUCUUUUUCUUCAACGAACUAGCUUUUUCAACCCACCAAAAAAAAAAAAGCCAUCAAAUUUCGUUCUCUCUUUAAAUCUUCAAACCCCAUUUUCCCUGGGAAAUCCUUGAUUUUUUCUUUGAUUAUCUGUAAGUAUUCAAUUUCUCUUUGGAAUUCAAAGGCUGGGGUUUCCUUAGCAGAAACCCUAGUCUAAUUCCACCUUCUACGAAAUUUCUUUUAAAAGCUUGGUGUUUUAGUUUAGAUAAGGGGUCAUCAAUGAGGAAUAAUUGUCUUUAUACUUCAAAAAAUCCCAAAUUUCAUGGGAUAUUUAAUGGAUUAUCUGCUAUUAUUCUAUUUUUCUUAUUCUACACCCGGGCAGAUUUCUUAAGAAACCCUCAUAUUAGCCAAUCAUCUAGGCUUAUUAGCGAUAAUUUGACUCAUGGAACUGGUUUAACUGAUGGGUUUGAUCAUGUUAGUAUAAUUCGUCGACAAAUUAGUGAACUUGAAGUUAAUUCAUCAAAUUUAGCAGCUAGGAAUGGUCAACAGAAUGAGUUGAAUGUCAGCUUGAGCAACCCUGCUUUAUGUACUGGAUUGCUUGAUCAUAAGGGUUUUGCUAAUCAAUGUGAGUUCUUGAAAGCUAAUCCACAAUGUUCUUCGGAUAGAUUCUUUGAUUACAUUAAGUUUUUCUAUUGUGGUUGUGGAGAAUUUAGGAUAGUGGGCUAUGUGAUAUUGGGUUUUUGGCUUGCUGCUCUGUUUUAUCUGUUGGGCAACACCGCAGCGGAUUACUUUUGCUGCUCAUUGGAGAAGCUUUCACAUCUGCUUAGGAUGCCUCCAACUGUUGCUGGGGUUGCACUCCUCCCGUUGGGAAACGGGGCACCAGAUGUGUUUGCGAGUAUAGCUGCGUUUUUGGGGAUGGAUACGGGUGGAGUGGGUCUUAAUAGCGUGUUGGGUGGUGCGGUUUUUGUUACUUGUGUUGUUGUAGGGGCUGUCUCCCUUUGCGUAGCGCAGAAAGGGUUCCAGAUUGAUAAAAGAUGCUUUAUUAGGGAUAUCUGUUUCUUCCUCUUUACGCUUUCAUCACUUACGAUGAUAUUGGUAAUUGGUAAGAUGAGUGUUGGGGGUGCCAUUGCAUUUGUCAUGAUAUACGUGAUUUAUGCAUUUUCUGUGGCUGCAAAUGAGAUUUUGAGGAAGCAUGCACGGAGGUUGAAGUUGGAUGUUGUUACACCAUUGAUUCCUGUCCGAGGAAGUCUGUUUUCACAAGGAAGCGAAGAUGAUGUUUUCGUAUAUAGUUCUCUGCUUGAUGUGGACAAUGGAAACGAUCCACCCCAACUCCCUAGUUCGCUGCCACAGUGGAUGUGGGCUUCAAAUGUUGCUAUAUAUUCAAAUCACUUCAUGAAGGUCAGUUCAUUAGAUGAAGAGAGGCCUCCUUGGGGUUGGACUGAGGAGGGCAUGGAAACUAAUGACUCAUCAUUCUCAUGUUCUAAAUUAAUAUCGCUCCUCGAGUUGCCACUGACAGCUCCAAGGCGGCUAACAAUUCCUCUAGUUGAGCAGGAAUCAUGGUCAAAACCAUAUGCUGUAGCUAGUGCUUCAUUGGCUCCGGUUCUAUUGGCAUUUUUGUGGAAUAGCCAAGGUGAUGUUGGCACCCUGAGCCGAGUGGUCGCAUGGCUUAUUGGUGUUGCAGUUGGUUGCAUUCUUGGUAUUUUUGCAUAUCAAAAUACUGUAUCUGAGUUUCCACCUCGGAGGUUUUUAAUUCCUUGGGUAUUAGGGGGAUUUUUUAUGAGCAUUGUGUGGUUUUAUAUCAUUGCUAAUGAGCUUGUUGCUCUGUUGGUAGCAUUUGGUGUGAUUUUUGGGAUUAAUCCAUCCAUUCUUGGAGUAACUAUUCUAGCGUGGGGCAAUUCAAUGGGUGAUUUGGUGUCAAAUGUUGCAUUGGCAAUGAAUGGUGGUGGUGAUGGUGUGCAGAUUGCCUUUUCUGGCUGCUAUGCAGGUCCCAUGUUCAACACACUUGUUGGUUUGGGUAUCUCAAUGCUGCUCAGAGCUUGGUCAGAGAGCCCUUCCUCAUACUUGGUUCCACAGGAUAGCAGCUUGUUUUAUACCAUUGGGUUUCUCAUGUCCGGACUAUUCUGGGCACUUAUAGUUUUGCCUCGAAACAACAUGCGGCCUAGCAAGAUAUUAGGAGUGGGUCUUAUAAUGCUUUAUAUGAUAUUUCUUUCUGUCAGGGUGAGCAAUGCUAUGGGACUUCUAUCACUGGGUGGUUUAAGUUGAUUUUUAUUUUGGUUGUAAUUAGACGGACCAGGUAUACCAACAUAUUGGAAAAGAGUGGUCACAUUCAUUAGCUUAUCAAGUUAUCAGUUUCCAACAACCAUCGUCCAUUAGAUUUCUUUGGCAGAAAAAGCAUUGUUGUAUCUCUGGACAUAAUGGAAGCCUACAUGGGCAAAAGAUGUAACCUUGCAGAAUUCAUUGUGGGCUUUCAGUAUUUGUCGGAAAAAUCUGUCAAACCACGUCAUCAGUAAAUUCUACCACCAUUCAUAUACUUGGAACAUGAUAUUUUCUUUUGUUUGAUCAUUAGUUUACCGUCAGCUUGAACUUGAUUGUCCCUGUGCAUCUCCUUAUAUACAGUGGUGGUUAAUUUUGCAUCAGGUUACAGCUAAUUA